CCCUGCCUCUGAAGUGCUGGGAUUAAAGGCAUGCACCACCACCGCCCCACCCCACACGGAGCUACAUUUUUAACAGGGAACAGGAUGAAUGUCGGUGCUCGGAGGCAGGAGACUGGUCCCACAAACUAAGCCUUGGAGAGUUGGAGGAUUUCUCAGCCAGGGACACACGGUUCUGAAAUGCAGAUCUGUAGGUCUCGGGAUUCCCAAUGAAGCAGGAUAAACAAUCGUACAGACUGCCUAUGGUAUAAAUCCACCGACACCACUGGAAGGACAGACAGAGGGCAGGUCCUCUCCUGGCAGCAGCACUGUGUCGGAAUGCCUUUCUUUAUCUAACGGUGUAGAUCGAGCCCGACCAUCACAAAAUUCACAGAAAACAAUGGGCGAAGCAUGUAAACUCUCAGCACCCCGAGCCCUUGGGCUCCUUCUGCACGUUCUGUUUGUGUCCCAGCAGAACACACUGUUUCGUGCACGGUGCCAGGGGUGGAAGCUACAGGUUGUUCAUGCUGAGUGCACGCUCCACCACUGAACCACCCAGCCCUUACAGAAUGGUCCGCUUUUGCUUCCUCUUCCUUCUGCUUCCUUUAGUAAUGGCUGAGGCUGAGGCUGGAUUCCAGGGACCUGGGCUUGCUAAGGAGAGUGUUUCAACACUCAGCCAUGCUCCAAGGCCUUUUAAAAGUACUCUUUUGACAGGAAUAGAUAUUUAUAGAUGCUUUUAAAUAUUUAAAUUAUACUUAUUUGUGUGUGUGCGGAGGUCAGAGGGACAACUUGUAAGAAUUGGUUCUUUCCUUCCAUCAUGUGAGCUCCGGGAAUCAAACUUGGCUGGUCAGGCUUGGCAGCAAGUUCCCUUAUCUGCCGAGCCAUCUCACCGGCCCUAGAUGUUUCUUUGGCUCUACCAUGUUUCCCUUUUGAAAUGGACAUGCAUGCAGCUGGAUGUGGGGCUUCUGCCUGGAAUCCCAGCACUUGGGCACAGAAGUGGGAGGACAAUAGAGCGUUCAAGGCCAUCCUGGGCAAAAUGGGCAGACUCUGUUUCACAAGAAGAAAAAGAAGAAACAAGUUAUAUGUGUAAUCAGAAAAAAGAAUGGAUGAGAGAAGGAAAAAAAUGUCUUCGAAUGAUUCAUGAGAUCAUUGAAAAUUAGAAGCCUGGACAUUUUUACAGCCUUAGCCUGUCUUUUUGUGGUUGUAGGAGCUGGGCUCAGCAGGGGGAUUGGGUGGCCUGCCAAGCUCUGGGUGUCUGUGGUUUGUGUGGGGGUGGUACUAGGGCCUCCUCCUCUGGGCUCUGUGGAGUACUGACCAUGGAGGCUGGUAGGAAUUGCAGGGAGACCAGGAGGAUGCUCAGAACUGGGAGGCGGGGUGAGGAUCUGUCUUCCUGUUUGUUGAGUAUUUGCAAAUGCAGGCCAGGAGAUAUUAGGGAAUAAUAAGGUCAAAGUCCUUAUUUAUGGCCUUGGGGUAGUUAAUGUGUAAUAUUCUGGGAUAUAAACCUGACCAAGAGGUGAUACCUUGCACACGAGCCUCUGGGAGUGACUGGGAGAGCUGUGGCUGGGAGCUGUCACCAUGUCGGAGAAAUUUGAGAUCACAAACUUGGACAUGAAAUCAGGGAUGACCCUGAAAAUUAAAGGCAAGAUCCACAAGGAUGUUAACAGCUUCACCAUUAACCUGGGCCAGGAGCAAGACAAGCUGAACCUACAUUUUAACCCUCGCUUCAACGAAUCCACCAUCGUCUUCAACUCUCGUGAUGGCGGCAGGUGGGGACAAGAGCAACGAGAAAGUAACAAGUGCUUCAGUCCAGGAGAGGACGUCAAGAUCACUGUGGCCUUCCAUAAUAAUGAGUUCAAGGUGACAUUACCUGAUGGACACACGGUGACCUUCCCCAACAGGCUGGGUCAAAACCACCUGCGCUACCUAAGUAUGGCCGGGCUCCAAAUCUCCUCCUUCAAGCUUGAGUGAGCACGCAGCACCUCCUCAGAACAAGACCUCAGUCCCUAAACCCGUUUCGGCCCUCUCUGUGAGCCCCAUUAGGACCGCGGUCUUUAGGUCCUGUAAUUUCCCACGCUCCUUCUGGCUAACCCCAGCCCCUAGCUCAAGAGCAAAUAAAAGAAUCCACAUUUAUUAUUUCCACAGUGAGAAA